AUGUUGUUUCUACCGGACACGUUUAAAAUAAGUACGCGUUCAACCGUUGCCGUGGCAGCAGCGACUUCUGGAAGAUUUAUGAUGGAUGCUCGAGAGACAAAUUUGCUGGGCGGAAACGAGAACAUAGUUGAAACGCAGAAUUUGGAGGAAGAGGAAUUUGCAGUUUCAAAGUCAUCAGAUGCUGAUGCAGAAUUUGACAUGGUAAUUGGGAACAUUGAAGAUAUUAUAAUGGAGGAUGAAUUCCAACAUCUUCAGCAGUCUUUCAUGGAGAAAUAUUAUCUUGAGUUUGACAAUUCAGAGGAGAACAAGCUCAGCUAUACUCCUAUAUUUAAUGAAUAUAUUAAAAUCCUAGAAAAUCAUUUGGAACAGCAGUUGAUGGAACGAAUACCUGGUUUCAAAAUAGAUAACUUCACCCAUUCACUUAAGCAGCACAAUGAUGAUGUCUCAGGUGACAUACUUGACAUACUUUUGACCUUCACUGACUUUAUGGCCUUUAAAGAGAUGUUCAUUGAUUACAGAGCAGAAAAGGAGGGUCGAGGAUUAGACCUUAGUACCGGACUGGUGGUGAAGUCUUUAAAUCAUGCUUCCUGUUCCCCUUUGCACUGCAGCAUGGCCUCACAAUCUAGCUGAACCAAUGAAAAUGGAGACCGCAUCGUAUGUAAAUUAACUUAAUGAGUUCACGCAAAAGCCCCCCUCCCCCCGUUUAUUGUAAAUUCCUUUCUGACAAAUCCCAGAGUAAAAUACUGUUAUACUAACUGGCCAGAAGGGAAUCCAAGUUUAAUUUAGUUUAAUGUUUAAACUUAACAUUCUGAACUGGUGAACUGUCAGCUUAUCUGGUAUGAGUAUUCUAACAGUAUUUAUGUGAUCUGACAAGAAAUCCUUUCUUAGGUGUCAGUCCUUGCAGCAAAACAUUGCUUUUGCUGACCUCAUUAAUAUAGUAAGCUGUAAUGAUUUGUCCUCUGCCUGAAGUCUGUGAGCCUCCCUUCACUCCCACUCUCUAUUUUAAUACCUUUUUAAUAUUACCAAAAUAAUUAAUUUCACUUGAUUAGUAAAAAGGGCUUUUGCAAUAAAAAAUUCUGAAUCAUUAAGUAUUGUAAAAUGUGCUUUGUAUGAUGACAGUUUCUAAAUUGUUUUGAAACAGGAUGGCACUGAUGACACUACCUACUGCUUUUAAAGAAAAAUGAUCUAGUGGUCAAAUAAUCUUUUAUUUCUAAGUUGAUAUUUCUCUAUGGCAUUGGAA